AUGUCUACCACAGACGCAAAACCAAAAGCAAAGAAGUUCGAAUUCACGCCAAUUGGGUACGACAAAUUGAAGCCGGCAUCCACUUCAGACCCAAUACCAAACGAUCCUGGCAUGUCUCCUACAGCAAUAAGGAGAAACCAAAUAAAUGCGGACGAUUUAUCAGACACAGAGGAGGACUAUCCACCUAGCAAAAGACGUCGUAUCAGCAUCAAUGAUACCAUUGGCUCAUUGGCCAUAUUGAAUGAGGAGGACCAAGAAGAUACAUCAGAAUUUGACGCCACACUACCGAAGAUUCAGCCAUUGACUGAAGAGAACGAAUCAAAAAGGAACUUAAUUGUAGAACUUAAUGAGAAUGUGAUGAGUUCUAAACCUUUGAAACAACAGCAAUCUGAACUGAACACUUUAAAGAGGGAAAACCAUAUCCUUAGAAUGAAAAUUAAAUCCUUCUAUUCCUUAUUUAAUGGGAGUGACAUUAAUAUGGCUAAGAAUAUUGAUUUACUUGAUGAAAUCAAUAAAUGGAAACAUAAAUGUUCCAAUUUAAAUAAAGAAUUCAAAGAGUUGAAAUUGAAAUAUGAUGAAGUUAAUUUGAAUGAAGAGAAUCAACCUCAGAAGGAUCAAGAAGAGGAAAGUCAUGAAUCAUCUAUUCAAGAAAGAGAAGCCUUACGAGAAGAACUGAAUGAAACAAAGUUGGAAUUAAAACGUAUACAUGAUCAUCUUGAGACACUUACAAAAGAAAGGUCAGAGAAGGAAGUAGAAUGGAACCAGUUACUCCGUGGGUAUGAAUCUGAGAAGAAUACUAUGCAUUCAGAAAUGGACAAGCUGCAAUCACUCCUAAUAACGAAGGAAACUACCCUUAACGAACUAAAAAAGCAGAUUGACAGUCUCCUUAGUGAGCUUAACGUUGGAGGUGAGACAAAGCUUGCUUAUGACGAUAAGAUUUCCUCAUUAAGAAUUGACACUGAGAGACAAGAAAAGGAGAUCAAAGAAUUAAAAAACAAAUGUUCAGAGUGGGAAAAACUCAAUACUGAUUUGGAAAUGAAAUCAAAAAAUCUUAAUGAUGACCUAAGAGAUAUUGAAAUGCAAUUGGAACAAUCCAAGAAAGAAAUGCACGAAAAAUUGUCUUCGAGGGAGAGGCAAUUUCAAAAUGAACAUGAUGAUAAUUUAGAGCUAAUAAAUCUGCAAAAAAAGCAAAUAAUUGAUUUGGAAACAAAAUUAACCAAACUCUCUGAGGAUGCAUCAAACGUUGAUGAAUUAGAAAAGACAACUAAGGAAAGUUUAAACGAAUACAGAAAGAAAUAUGAGGAAGAAAGAAGUAAGAAUAGAGAUUUAACAAAUCGUCUUGAUUUAAUGGAAGCUAGAGAGGCUAAAGGAAGUAAUUGGAAGACACAAUACGAACAUAUUCAAAAGGAUAACUUAGAUUUACAAUCUUCACUCAAAACUUUGAACGUAUUAAAUACUGAUCUUACCAAGAAGCUAAGGGAUCUUUCUAAACGUUUAAACGAGUUGGAAAUUGUAAAUGACAGACUUACCGAGGAGAGAAAUAAAUUGUCCGAUACCGUUACAAGUUUAAACAACAAAAGUGAAGAAUCUGAACUUCAGAUUACAAAAUUAGAAGAGGAAUUAGAUUCCAUAAAGAACGAUCAUAAAGAGGAAAUUUUGAAAUUCAAUGAACAGCUGGAGCAGAAAACUUCUGAAUUGACUAAAGCAACAAACCAAAUCAAGACAUUACAGAAACAAUUAUUUGAUAACAUCAAGAAUUCCACAGAGUCUAAGACAAGUGAAGAUGCACUACAAAAGAGAUACAAACAAAUAAAAAAAUUACAAACGGAAUUAGAUGAUGUAACCCUUAAAUUACAACUGGAAGAGGAGAACCAUCGUAAAAUUUUAAACUCCAAAAUUAGAGAAUUGGAUAAUAAAUAUUCAACUCAAACAGAAGACCUUAAUGAUCAAGUGAGACUACUGAAAAAGGAACGAUCAUUUCUACAGGCAGAAUUACAAAAGGGUAAAGAAGAACUGAAUGCUUUGAAGGCAACACAGGGUAAGGAAGUUAAUGAUUGGAUUAAAAAAUAUAAUGCUCUUAACGCGGAGAAUAGUAGCUUGUUAAAUGAACAGAAUAGUAGCACUCGUUCUUUAAGAAAUCAAUUAUUAGGAAGCUUAGAGGAAAAUAAGGAUUUACUAGGUAGAAUAGAGAUAUUACAAUCGGAAAAAUUAUCUUUACAAGACCAAGUGGAGAAGCUUUCUAAAUCGAAAGAUGCCUAUAAGGAAACUUUGAAAAGUACAGUUUCCAAUUUAAACUAUGCUACGAGAGAACUUGAUACUUAUAAGAGAUCAAGGGGAGAGUCAGAAACAUCAUAUCUUGAUUCUGAUGAGUCCCGAUUAUUAUCUGAAAGAUAUCAAACCAUGCAGCAGAAACUACUAAAUAGAAUCGAGGAUUUAGAGAAGGAAAAUAUUACGCUCGAAAGACGUCUUCAAGAACGAAGCCGAAACAUUUCUGCAAUUAAUAAUCCUGAUGAUAGUUUAAUUUCUCAGGAUAAAAUUGAUUAUUAUAAGUUGAAAUUCAAUAUGGAAGUUCAACAGAAUAACGAUUUGAAGGUACAACUUGAUUAUUUGAAUUUAGUUUUGAAACGAAUUGCCAGAAAUGAUAGAUUGAAUUACAUGAAGGUGAAAGAUGAUAUAGAAUUUGAUAAUUAUAGAGGGGAUUGGAAUCCCUACAAUGAUUUCAACAGAUAUCCAAGAUCUAGAAGACGUCUUAAAUUUAAAACAGUUGCUCUGGUGGUAUUAGCAAGCAUUCGAAUGAAAAUGACUGCCAAUAAACACAAGUGGAACGACAAACGGAAACGUUAUUUGGAGAGAAAGAUAACCUUAAAUGAAGAUCACCGAUCAUGGUAA